UUGGUAUCAGUCUUUCAGUUCUAUUUCAAAGCACCUGCACCGAGAUCCUGAUACAAAGACCUACAAAUUCUGACGAAAACAUAACCAAUACUUCUUUUCAAAAUGAAACGCGGAACUUCUCAGCAGUUCUUUGCCCCGAUCCUGUUGGGUGUGGUCUUCUUAGGUCUUUUUGGAUUUGCGUUCACUUUAGCAUCGGAAACCAAUGUAGAGGGUGUUAGCAUCGAUCGCAGAGCCGAAAACUUGAAGAACCAGACGGAGGCCCGCGAUCAUCACAGUGGUCACGGAUAUAACCAACAAGGAUACAACGGUGGAUAUUAUCCAUCCAAAUCGUAUGAGAAGAGUAAGCGGCCAAAGCCAAGCUAUGGAGCACCAAAACCCCAAUCACCUAAAUCGCAAUAUGGCCCGCCCAAGUCCAACUACGAGGCUCCAGCUUAUGGGCAUCCUUCUCCAUCCUACAAUCCACCAGCCUAUAGCUCACCUUCCUACAGCCCACCUUCCUACAGUCCACCGUCUUACAGUGCCCCAUCUUAUAGCCCACCGUCUUACAGCGCUCCUUCUUACAGCCCCCCAUCAUACAGCCCUCCAUCCUACUCCCCUCCAUCUUACAGUCCACCAUCUUACAGUCCACCAUCUUACAGUUCUCCAGCCUACAAUCCUCCAGCUCCCACGUACACAGAAGCCCCAUAUUCUGCGCCUCACGCUAGCUACGACUCCCCAGCCUAUUCUUCUCCAGCUUACCCAGAAGCACCUGCUUAUUCAGCACCAGCUUACGCUCCUCCAGCAUACAGCGAGCAAUCUUAUCCUCAACAAUAUUCUGAACCGGAAUACCCUUACAAAAGCAUAUCGGAAUCAAACAAACCAGGCAGUCAGGGAGCCUCCAAUAACGACAACGGCUUUGCCAAUUUCGAGGAUUUCUUUAAGCAAACCAUCAAAUUUCGACAAUUUUAAGUUGAAGAUGAAAAAUGAUUUCUACGAAUUUUUAAGCGUAACUGAAUCUUCGAGAUGAAGAGCCGGUUUUUUUUCGAAAACUUGAUUGAGGAAAUUAUGUCAGUCUUAUAUAAUCAUUUCGUUACUGUUGCUUCUAAUGAUACUAGUUCCGCUUCAU